UCUGUCUUUACAGUUUUACCUCUUCUAGGGAUUUCAUAUGAAUAGAAUCAAGCAAUAUAUGACCUUUUGUGCCUGACGUCUUUCAUUUAACAUGGUUUCAAAGUUCAUCCCCAUUGUAACAUGUAUCGGCACUUCAUUCCUUUUUAUGGCCAAAUGAUCCUUCUUUGCAUGGACGGACCGUAGUUUCUUUAUCCAUUCAUCCACUGAUGGACAUUUGUGUUGUUCCCACCUUUGGACUAUUGUGAAUUGUGCUUCUGUGGACAUAUAUGUGCAUCUAUUUGUUUUCAGUUCUUUUGGGUAUUCACCUAGGAAUAGAAUUGCUGGGCCAUUUGGUAAUUCUCUGUUUAGUUCUUUGAGGAAUCACCAGACUGUUUCCACAGCGGCUGAAUCAUUUCACAUUCUCACCAGUAAUUCACAAGUGUUCAAAUUUCUCCAUAUCCUCACCAACACUUGUUAUUUUCCCUUUUUAAAAAAACUGUGGGCAUCCUAGCGGGUGGGAAGUGGUAUCUCAUUAUGGGUUUUGUUUAGAUUCCCCUGAUGACUGUCGAUGUUGAGCAUCUUUUCAUGUGCUUGUUGGUGAUUUGCAUAUCUUUGGAAAAAUCCCCCGCUUUGCCCAUUUUUAAAUUGGGCUGUUUGUCUUUCUGUUCUUGAGCUGUAAGAGUUCUUUAUAUAUUUUACAUACUGGGCCCUUAUCAAAUAUGUGAUUUGCAAAUAUUUUCUCCCAUUCUGUGGGCUUUUUCAAUUUCUUGCUAAGUCCUUUAAUGCACAAAAGUUAAUUUUUUUUUUAGUUUUAUUUUUUUAAUUUAUUUUUAAAAUUUUAUUGAAGUAUAUUUGAUUUACAAUGUUGUGUGAAUUUCUGCUGUCCAGCAAAGUGACUCAGUUAUACAUAUAUAUAUUCUUUUUCAUAUUCUUUUCCAUUAUGGUUUAUCACAGGUUAUUGAAUAUAGUUCACUGUGCUGUACAAUAGGACCUUGUUGUUUAUCCAUCCUGUGUAUACAAGUUUGCCUCUGUUAAUCCCAAGCUCCCAAUCCUUCCCCCGACCCCCCCCAAAAGUUAAUAUUAAUGAAGUCCAAUUUAUUUUUUAUUUUGCCACCUGUGCGUUUGGUGUCAUAUGUAAGAAACCACUGCCAAAUUCAAAGUCAUUGAGGUUUGCCCCUGUGUUUUCUUCUAAGAGUUGUAUGGUUUUCGCUUUUAUAUUUAGGUUUGAUGCCUCAAUUCACUCUUAAAGGAAAAAGGAACCCAUCUGAGUACAGAGUUGAUUUCCCUUUUUGUCUGUCUGGGUUGGGGCCCGGGAAACAGCUACUUUAAACCCAAAGAAUCUUUUACUUAGUACAUAGUAAUGUUCUGCAGAUGUUUUCUAUUAUCAUCUGAUCCCUACAGCAUGUUACUGUAUUCUGAAAACCGGAAUCUGGCAAUGAAGAAUCACAUGGAUAAGCAGUGAUGACACUCACCUUUAGCAGCACCUGCUCUGCCAGAAUACUUCACGCCUGAGGAUGAACCUCACUUCUCCCACGUGGGACCUCAGUUUCCCCAAAGCCUGAGGACCACACCCCCAACCCUGGCAGUGCCCCUGGAGGGCCCCCCAGUGCCAGGACCAGGGCCCAGAACCUCGGAUGGAACAGACUUCUCACUCAAGACAGAAAUCAGAAGGAAAGAAACUCUGACCCCUGCUACAACAUGAUGGACCUUGAGGACGUCAUGCUGAGUGAAGUAAUUCACAUCGAGGUCGGCGGCCUCAGUUUCCCACUCUGUGAAACGCGAUUGGUAACUCCUACUGCAUCGAAGGAGUCAAGGCAGGUUAAACAAACCAGGUGCUUUACCUCUUCUAGUCAAUAUGCCGACUUUGGAAGCUCCGGAAGAGAGGCUGAGAAAAUUUAAGUAUCGUGGCAGAGAUGCAUCUGUGAGGCGGCAGCAGAGGAUAGCAGUCAGCCUGGAGCUCCGGAAAGCCAAGAAGGAUGAGCAGACCUUGAAGAGGAGAAACAUCACGGAUGCCUCCCCUGACCCUUCCGAGCAGCAGACCAGAGGGGUCAGCCUCACCCUGCAAGAAAUAAUCAAUGGUGUCAAUGCCUCAGAUCCAGAACUAUGUUUCCAGGCCACCCAGGCAGCCAGGAAAAUGCUGUCCCGGGAAAAGAACCCUCCUCUGAAGCUGAUUGUUGAUGCAGGGCUCAUUCCCAGGCUGGUGGACUUCCUGAAGUCAUCGCUUCAUCCCCGCUUGCAGCUCGAGGCAGCCUGGGCUCUGACCAAUAUUGCCUCCGGUACUUCGGAGCUGACUCGUGCUGUUGUGGACGGAGGGGCCAUCCAGCCCUUGGUUGAGCUCCUGUCUUCCCCUCAUAUGACUGUGUGUGAACAGGCAGUGUGGGCCCUUGGUAAUAUAGCAGGUGAUGGACCAAAAUUCAGAGACGACGUUAUCUUGAGUGAUGCCAUUCCACAUCUGCUGACCCUGGUUUCAUCAAGUAUACCAGUCACAUUCCUGCGGAACAUCGCGUGGACCUUGUCCAACCUGUGCCGGAACAAGAACCCAUACCCUUCUGAUCGCGCAGUGAAGCAGAUGUUGCCCGCCCUCUUGCACCUCCUGUGGCACCCAGACGGAGAGGUUCUCUCGGACACCUGCUGGGCUCUGUCCUACCUCACCGACGGCUGUGAUACGCGCAUCGGCCAAGUGGUGGACACGGGGGUCCUGCCAAGGCUGGUUGAGCUUAUGAGCAGCUCAGAGCUCAACGUCUUGACCCCCUCUCUGCGCGCUGUGGGGAACAUUGUCACCGGGACGGACCACCAGACCCAGCUGGCCCUGGACGCGGGCGUCCUGGCUGUGCUGCCCCAGCUCCUCACGCACCCCCGCUCCUCCAUCCAGAAGGAGGCGGCCUGGGCCCUAAGCAACGUGGCCGCGGGGCCCCGCCAGCACCUCCAGCAGCUGAUCGCUUGCGGUGUGCUGCCUCUCUUGGUGGCUGUUCUAGAAAACGGAGAAUUUAAAGUCCAGAAAGAGGCUGUCUGGACAGUGGCUAACUUCACAACUGGGGGUACCGUGGACCAGUUGAUCCAGCUUGUCCAGGCUGGAGUCCUGGAGCCACUAAUAAAUCUUCUCACCACCCCAGACACCAAAAUUGUUCUCAUCAUUCUCGACAUCCUCUUUUUUAUCCUCCAGGCAGCAGAGAAGAUUUCUCAGAAGGAAAACAUGUGUCUGCUGAUAGAAGGACUCGGUGGGAUCGAUAGAAUUGAGGCUUUGCAACUUCACGAGAACCGUCAGAUUGCCCUGACUGCUCUGAACAUUACUGAGAGACACUUCUCUGAGGAAGAAGAAACUGGCACAACUUUACCAGCCCAGGACCAAGAUCAUGAAUUCUUAAAGCACUUAACGAACACGUACCAAAGCUCCACAACUCCUAAACCAGGGACCAGACCCAAAGAGUCACUCCUUUAAGAACCCCUUCCCCUUGGUGUACCACAGGUAUAAAGCUUUUAAAACUUGAAUGAUAAUAAAAUCUUCCACACUUUCACCUC